CCGGCUCUGUGGUGUCCUCGUAAUAAGUGAAACGGCGUCACGGGCGGGUCUAUAAUCAGCGCACCGGCGUACGCCAGUUUAUAGCCAGGACUCGGCGAGCUGGUAUGCGACGAGCGGCUGCAACGGCUUAGCGCGCGUAGGUUGGCAUUUCAGCCGGCACCGGCACUGACCCAGCAUGGAACCACCUGCAAGUUGGACAGCCUGUUCACCGUAGAUUCAGCGCACGAGCGUGAGCCUCGGUUGGGGGCUUGAAAACGCCGCAUACGUCCCUGACGCGUCCCUGUCGCUCGUAACGUUCGGGUUUCGAGGGGCGACUGUGAGUGUUUACUUGCCCCCGAACAUCCCCGCACGACGAUUCCGCUACGGGACUUUCGCCAAAUUUCAACUGUCGUCCCGUCACUCCUCGCUCGCAACAAAUCUCGCUCGAAACUGAAACUUACUGAUCGCUCGAGCUAGUCUCUGGUUAGUCUUGUCACGACGAAGUCUAGCGAGCGAAGAGUCGUCGUGAGAAGAAAGGGGAAGAACAAGAGAGACCGGGACAUUCUCCGUUGACGAAUGAACCUCGUGUAUGCCGGGCUCGUGCCCGUUCGGUGGUCGAACCCCCGUUCGCGUCACCCUUCGCCGCGGGCUGCGUGCCGGCACGUGCGCGGUGCGCCGGGGCGCGCGUGCUACACCUCCUGUCAGACUCGCUCGUCCGUCGCGCCGCAGGACGACUACCCUCCGGGGCCGUGGAAAACAGUGGAAAAGCCGGAGCCGAUGUCGCCGCGUCCGCUUCGUUCUCCGUGACCGGUCGGCAGCGACAGUCACAGCAUCAGCACCUCGUGGGAGGGUCUCGCUCGCGACACGCGAGAAGAAGUCGUCGCGCAGGGCGGCACACGUGUCCCACGUGAGGCAAGCGAACGUCAGACUGGUGGCAGAAGUAGCAACAGACGGCCGCCGCUGUCUGUCUCUCCUGCCGAGGUGUCGAGCUUCACAAGAACGACCACGUGUCAAGAACGAGCGGCACGUGUAGUUCCGCGUAACACGCGCCGUUAACACACGAGGUCGCGCUCGCUAUCAGCGCGUCGUCGCCGUAGCCGUUAUCGCUCGUCGAGGAGGAGAGCCGCGUCGUGGCAGGAAGUGUCGCCGCUGACCGCGCGCGGAGUCCACGGAGUGGAGUCGACGUCGCGGACGCUCGCUCGCUCGCUCGCCCAACGGGGACAGGCCAGGACAGGACAAUACGGGACGCAAGGAAUCGAUGCCGCAAGUCGGGACCGCGAGCGCCGAGCAGUCAGCACGCGACAGCCUCGUCCGGAGUCCUGUGACGCGCCGCCGUGCUUGAGCGACGACGGCGGCACCCGCGAGGACUUGGUCGAGCUUGGAUCCGCGAGAACGAGGACGCGUUUCCCGAGGAGCGGUGCGCGAGCCGGGGCCAUCUCGGUUCCUCUUGCAACAGGGCGGGAAGAAACGGUAAUCGACGGAGCUCUACUGACGCAAGUUGGAGAAUCGUCCGACCUUAGUGACCUGGGUAUGGUCUUAGUAGCGACGGCGGGGCGAUGACGCUCAACCACCCUCCGCCGUCAUCAGCAGGAGUCCCUCAGGACUCACCCAGCUUCCUGCUCCCGGCCCCGGUUCCGGUCCCGAUCCCGAUCCUGAUCCCGAUUCCAAUCUCCGAUCAUAGUUGUCCGGCGUGGAUCGUCGUGAAAACGAGCACGAUUACUAAAACCCGGAGGAGAUAUGAGAGAUCGCUCUCAUCACUACCGAGAUCAUCACGGACACGCCAUGCCCCUCGAGGAGGUUCAAGGGUUGUUACUUCCACCCUCCAGAACAGGUAACCGGGGACCUCUGAAUGUGACGAUUGUACAGGUCGGCAGAGGAAAUGGAGGCGGUGAAGAUGGCGGAAGUGAUUUACUGAGAUUGGAGCCGCCGUCGGAUUUAAGACCGGCACCGUCGCCCCUAUCCGACACCAGUGCUACCUUGCAGUCUGACAACAAUGACACCUUGGCCGGAGGUGUCGAUCCAAGGCUAUUGCUGGGAACCGGUGGCGAUCGCAGCACUUGGGAAGGACGUUAUCACGUGAAGGAACACCGGCGUGCUGGAAAAGCUACCUUCCAGGGUCAAGUUUACAAUUUCCUGGAGCGUCCCACCGGCUGGAAGUGCUUCCUAUAUCACUUCUCUGUGUGA